UAAAAGCCCACUGCACGUUUUCAGCGUCAGUCAGUCAGUUUUUGUAAGCCUCGAGUGGCAUUUCCAUUUCCAUUCCCAAUCCGUCGUUGUAAGCCCAAAGGAAAUCCGCCGAAAUACUCACCAAGAUGUUCCAAGCCAGAAUCGUUUGCCUGCUGCUCGCCUUCUUCCUGUUGGCCACGUUCUUUACCGGAUCUGAGGCCCUGCCACGCCCACAGGAGGGUCGGGAGGAGGGCGGCGAUCAGGAGGCGAAUGUAGAGGCUGAGGAGAAGGAUCUGGAGGGGGCUGCAUCCUUUGGAUACGGAUACUACUCAUCGCCCUACUUGGGUGGCUACUACGGCGGAUAUUGGCCACAUUACAGCGGCAGUUACUACGGCAUUGGUUAUCCCUACUAUGGAGGUUACUAUGGACUGCAUCAUCACCAUGGACACUAUGGACACUACUUCUAGGAAGGAUUCUUAAUCCGUCCAGAUAUACUUUAACAGCCUCAGUAGAAUUCAAUCAGCACCAGA